CCGAAGUGGCACUCGAGCUGAUGUGACAGACCCCUGCGAAUAACCCAAACAGGCCCUGCUAUGGUGAGGUGUGUUAGCGAUGACGGAUGUGGAGGCGACCUAUGAGGACUUCAUCGCCUCUCGACGGUCCGGCCGCAGGAACGCCAUCCAUGAAAUCCCAGCGGCCCCCGGAGCGCAGGGAACGGCUGACCUGUCGCAGAGCCUGGCACAGCUCAACAUCAAUAAGUCAGGUGAUGAGGAAGAAGACACUGAGAAAAGCCAGGACUCUCCAGCAAAAGAAAAGGAGACUCAAGCUGAGGGCAGCUAAGCAGCAAAGGGCCGCUGACGUAUGUGGAUUUCUGGACCUGUUUCCUGAAUGCAAGGCCUCUAACUGGCCGGUCACAUAUAAUGACGAUGAACAGGCACAGCAAAAUCCUGCACUGCCACCUUCAGGAAGUCGUUGCUACGGAAACCACAGCACAGCUUCCCUUCUGCACUUGGGGUUGUUCCAGUGUCCUUAAAAGACCUCCUUUCCUCGCUGCCGUUCCUUCGUGGUAGCUGAUAUGAGAUUGGAUGUGAUGCAAGAUAAACGCGGCAUGACGUCAACAACCCAAACCAGCAAUGUUUGACUGUCAGUGGUCCUGAGAGGAAUGGAGAGAAGGGGAAAGAGGCCAUUUAGGGUUUUUGGGGCAGGCUUAAGAAUUUCCACCAAAUUAAAAGUUGCCCCCCCCCCCCUUUCGCCUUGUAUCAGUCACCACUGAGUUGGCUGAAACACUUCCAGGGAACUGGGGACACCUACUCUUCCUCUGCUCUUCUUGCAUCAGUCAGUGCUCACUCUGCACUCUACCCUUACCAUACAUCUUAUGUAAAACUAAACCUGUUUGGUUAUUAAGUACAGUUAAUCAUAUCUAGUUGUCCCACUCAUGUGCAGCUGAUCUAUGGGGAAGUCCUCAGUGUUGCAGUGUGUGAUGGAGGCAGGCAGGUGCAGGAAUUCGUUUCAAGUUUUCAUACAACAUACAGAACGUGUCCAUAUUAUACUGUGUCCUGAUUAUCCUCGAUCACUACACUGCCAUUUAGCAUAUCCGAAUGUGUGUGUGUGAGUGUGUUUAAAAUGUGAUCUGGCUUACGGUGGAUAUUGAGAUUAAGAAUCUAUUUGCUGCUGGAGAUUGUUACAAGUUACAAUACUGGUUGCACUCAAGUACGCUAGUGUGCUAUUUAUAAAGUAUUAUAUUGUUGUUUAUUAGAGGUGUGUAUGUGUGUAUUUCUCUUUGGAGUGUCUGUUAGAAUGUUUUCUUUGGGAUUGCACAGACUACCAAUGAAUUUUGCAUUUCCCAAUUCUCCUUUCUUUUUGAACUUCCUGCCUUUUUCUGUAAAACCAGUCAGUCUGGAAUUCACAUAGCACUGGUGUUACGAGUUGUUGGUAAAUGACUGGUUAAAGGGGUGAGGGGCAUUUUUACAUUGUAUUUUCAGACCCAGAACGACUUGUACAUUGAGCCAGGUAUAGUUUGAUUUAAUGAAACGUAUUGUUGCACUGUAGGUGACCUCGAAUACCCAUGAUCAUGGGAUCAUAUCGUUGCUUUCUGCGGCUCACUCGUGGGUCAUGUCACUGUGUUGUCAUUGACUUGUCAACUUUGUUACUUUUGAUGUGCAAUUAAAACUGGAAAAU